AAAAAAAAGUAAAAGUGUCACUAUGGAUUUAUAUUUGUGUCGAAUAGAAAUACGUCGAGAGCUGCGCCGGCGGACAAUUUAUUUCAAUUAUCAUGAAUAAGCUCAGUGGAGACGCUGUGUGUUAUCGUUUGCUCUAGACAAAUAUAUAAACUAUAUUAUUUGUCGAACAAAAGGUUAAUAGCGAGUGCCGUGCAACGAAUAAUGGUUUGGGAAGAAACUAUAGUGACGUCUCGCGAUUCAGCCUUGGAUAUUAUGGUUACGAGAAAAAGUGUAUUUUGAAAAUAUACCGAGUGUUUUCUUGUAAAAAACGUCUGUGAAGUAUUCAUCAACUGUGCGGUGGUUUUGUUCGACGUUUUGGUGUUGUAUAUCGGUGUUAUGUCGGGUGGCAGGAGUAUCGACAAGGAGCGAAAGUCUCCUCGGGAAAGCGGGGAGGAUUCGGAGGACGAGAGCGAGAUCUUGGAAGAGAGCCCCUGCGGCCGCUGGCUGAAGCGCCGGGAAGAGGUAGAACAGCGAGAUGUGCCAGGCAUCGACUGCGCGAACCUCGCGAUGGACACGGAGGAGGGCGUGGAGGUGGUGUGGAACGAGGUCCAGUUCUCCGAGCGCAAGAACUUCAAGGCGCAGGAGGACAAGAUCCAGGCGGUGUUCGACAACCUCACCAGGCUGGAACACCCCAACAUCGUCAAAUUCCACCGGUAUUGGACGGAUACACACAACGAUAAACCUAGGGUAAUAUUUAUAACGGAGUACAUGUCAUGCGGCUCCCUGAAGCAGUUCCUCAAGCGCACCAAGCGCAACGUGAAGCGGUUGCCGCUGCAGGCUUGGAAGAGAUGGUGCACGCAGAUAUUGUCUGCGCUCAGCUAUCUCCACGGCUGCGUGCCGCCCAUCGUGCACGGCAACCUCACGUGCGACACCAUCUUCAUCCAGCACAACGGCCUCGUCAAGAUCGGCUCCGUGGCGCCCGACGCCAUCCACCACCACGUCAAGACCUGCCGCGAGAACAUGAGGAACAUGCACUUUAUUGCCCCGGAAUACGGAUCAUCACAAAUGGUGACGCCAGCGAUGGAUAUCUACUCAUUCGGAAUGUGCGCAUUGGAGACCGCGGCACUUGAGAUUCAGGGCAAUGGCGACUCGGGCAGCCACGUCACGGAGGAACACAUCAUACGAACGGUCGAAUCCUUGGAGGAGCCGCGCCAGAAGGACUUUAUAUACAGGUGUAUAAACAAGGACCCCGCCAAGAGGCCGACGGCGCGAGAGCUGCUGUUCCACCCGCUACUCUUCGAGGUGCACUCCCUCAAACUAUUGGCAGCACACAUCCUUGUCAACACCACGGCGAAUAUAUCGGAGACGAUAACGGACGAGGUUGCCGGUGGGUCGAGCGGCGAGGCGCUCGCCUGGUGCGUGCGGGGCGGCGCCCGGGUGGAGCUGGCUGCCAAGGACCUGCAGCCGCAUGCCGAGAAGUUGGAGAAGUUCGUCGAAGAUGUCAAGUACGGCAUCUACCCGCUGACGGCGUACGGGCUAGCGGGCCCGGGCCGGGCUGCCUCCCCGGCCGCGCCCGCCGAGUCGCUCCCCGCGUCGCCCGAGCCGCGCGACCUGGAGACGCGCCGCGUGGUCAACUGCAUGUGCAGCCUCAAGCCCGCGCCCUCCCCGCACCACGACGCGCCGCCCGCUGACCUGCUGAUGACGAUCCUGCUGCGCAUGGACGACAAGAUGAACCGGCAGCUCACCUGCGCCGUGUCCCGCCGCGACACCGCCGCCGCCCUCGCGCUAGAGCUCGUGCAGCUCGGCUUCAUACACGAGGCGGACCGCGACAAGAUCUGUCGGCUGAUGGAGGAGUCUCUGCGCAGCAGCUUCGGUGCCCGCUGCACGGCUCCGCCGCUCAGCAGCUAGUGACGUCAGCGCCGUGACGUCAGCGCUGCUCGUGUCGAGGUUGGUUAGUCCCGUAGCCGCCGCCCGCCGGCGUACAGUACGUUAGAGUUAUACGCAUAUUUAUACCUAGCGAUGGUCGCCACGAUCAUGAGAUUUUGUAUUGCCGUGUCAUGUAUUUUGCAUAAGUAUGGUACCGAUAGUCCGCGGAAUUCCGACUUGAGGCUUGUUUAAGCGGGGAUCCUACGGUUCCGAAUGUUAUUUAUUUUUACUUUAAUGUUAGGAAGUAAGAAGUGUGAGCGCAACAUCACUAUUUAGUUUUAUAUGAAAUUAAACCAAUACGAUACCUACGAUAACUCGAGUCCUCGCGUAAACAAGUGUCCAUCUUGCAAUCUUCACUUUGAUCACAGCUUGUACUACUGACAGCAGUUCUAUGAGUUUUAUUCAAAGAAAGUAAGAAAAUAUCUGUAAUUUCGCAAAACUGCUGUAUAGAGUUAGAUAGAGUGCGGAUAGUGUACGAGAUGAGGUACCUUCUAAUAUUGCAUUUCACCUCCAAAAAAACUUACUAGUCGAGUGUGAAUCUAAAUCGAUCAGCCGAAUCAUUCGUUUUUAAAUUAAUCGAUACGCUUUCUUAAAGGAAAUUGUAAAAAUAUAAGUUCACUUUAAGGCGAAAUGUAAAAAUUGUAAAGUUAUUGAAGAUUCGGAACGGUUCAUAAUUUAGAACAUCGAGUAUGCUUUAGUGAUGUAGAAUUUUGUAUGAAUGUGUAUAUGUUAUAAAUGAUAUUUAAAAGAAAAAUAUUUAAAUUAAACGUUUACUUUUAAUUAUAUGUAUAGUGAGGCUUCCUCUUAGAGCUUUAUGGAUGUGGUUAUAAAUAAUAAGUAUACGGAAAAUUGAACAUACUCACUAUGAUGAUAAGGUUGAAAUUUGUACUGUACUCGCGUCGAUUAUUACUUUUUACUUACGGACGGACACUGGACUUUGUUUGUUGACUACAGUCGAGUAGUUUGUUAAGAUUUUUAAUGAGACGCUUAUUAUAUUAUUCUGUUUUGUAUGGACGCUUGUGGCUCUCACACCGGACGCUCUUUAGACCAAGUAACUGCAGAUAAAACUUCCUUCAUAUUAUCGAUGAAUAAAGUCACCAUAAUUUUGAUAGUUUAGUGAAGUCUUAAAAACAUGAUGAAAUGUGAGAGCGACAGGCGUCCCAUCACAUAUAUUGUAUGCAUGUUUGAAGUCAAUUGUCCAAACUUGUGAUGUUUUGAUGUAAAUUAAUGACUGUAUAACGAGCCUUGUAUUGAUAUCAGUGAAACAAAAAAUAAAUACAAAUCUUUGUCUUCACCUAUUUAUCGAUAAAUAGGGUUGUUACGAAAAUAUCGAAAUUUUUUUUGCUCUUGCAAUACAAGGUUCUUUAUGAAAAUAAUAAUAGUUUUGCAUUUACACAUACUUUUUGGUUAUAUACAAACGGUGAAGUUUCAGUUAAGAUACGUAACGCUAUAGUGGUGCUAGUAUGCGUGUGCAGCAGUCUAUUAAAUUCCUUAUAUUGUAAUAUCUCGACAAACGUGAACAUGGAAGGAUUACUUCAACUGUGUUCUUUUUCUAGCUGAUAGAAAUAGAGAGUAAAAAGGAUCGUAUAUAUCUUUGAAAUCUGCGAAAAGAAUUUGCUGUGGUUUCCAUCGAUAGUAUGUCGAUGGUAUGUCGCUUUCAUUAUGCGAAAGUUGAAAACAAAUUGAUUUGGUCUCUUUUUUACCAGUUGCCAGGACAGUUGUACAUAAAUGAUCCUUCUGUUUCCAAUUGUUGCAUUAUUGUGUAUAUUGUCAUACAUAUAGUAACGCAUCGGCACCGGUUCCUAGUUCGUUAGUUAUGUUUCAAAACCUUUUGGUGCUGACACACAUUUUUUAAUUUUAUAUUUUGAGAAAAUUUUCGCUUUUUCCGUAGAGGUGUAAAGUAACAAACAUAUUUAUCUAAAAGUUGCUGUUCUUAUAAAAAAAAACUUAGCAACAUGGCAGUUCAUCGUCAAGUUAUCGAUAAAAAUGUGCUUGUCGGUUACACCUCUACGGAGAGCGAGCUACACGUUUGGUUAACGCUAGUGGUGCCAAAUAUACGAGGUGCCAACAAUUCGUAUUACUUUCUCACGAGAAUUCAGUUAUUUUACCUUCAUUCCCACGAGUAAUGGCUUGCAGAUGACAAUAGAUAUAAAUCAUUUAUUAAACAAUAGAACGGAAAUGAAGGGAUAUCUAAACACCAAUGUUCGCAUCGAUAGAUUUUAAAUAUUUGAUAUUUUCUCUUCAGUAUUCUUGCUUUAAUAACUCCCAAGUACUCAAUUUAAUUUUUACCAGAUUUUUGUCUUUGUGCUUAGAUAGAGAAACAGUUGCCUAAUAUCAAGUUUCUGUUAUGAUUAGUACACACGAUGCGAACCCCUCAAGCCCCCUCGGUACAGAUGUUCAGGUGUUCGGUAAAGCAGCGUACUCACCGCGUUGGUUGUGUCCAGUCUACUGUGUGCAACAUGCUUUAUAUCGAUUGUUGAAGUAUUUUUGAGUACAGAUGGUAUCAGAAAUAGUAUUGCAAGAAAUCGAAAAUCUAUCGAUAGAAUUGAUCAAAUAAAGAGCCCAAAAUCAUUCUAACUUCGAUAAACACUAUCGAUGUUUUGAGUUACAUUUUAUUUGUCAGCCUGUAUUCCUCUAAGUCGAUAUACCUAUCUAUCGCACGGUACUGAAGAAUAAUUUGAUAUCAACAUGAGCAUGUUGCAGCAGUAGGCGUGGUGUCGGCAUGUGGCUAGGAGUGUUAGCGCAGUAGUGUAGAGUAGUGUAAACGAAAGACUGGCUAAUGUAAAGAGUUAGGUUUGUCGCGCGCGGCCGGUGUCGCUCCCCUCGAACACUUCGGCUUAAGUACUAACUUAUUAAGGUGCGGGAAUUUUCGUUGACGUUACCAAAAAACUAUAUACGCUUAUAUGUAUAUGUAUAUUAGGAAAUAUAAUUAAAUUAUAAAAAAAAUAUUAGGAAAUUAUUAAAUUGAAUUUGUCUCGUGGCACCGGCACCGCGCGAGUCACGUCGGGAGGUCAGAGCUAGUGAAGUGGCGUGUUCUUUGUAAAUAUUCGCUUUUAGUCUAAAACUAUACUUAUUAAUGAUUAUUGUUGUAAUGUAACUGAUUUACGUACCUACUUAUCUACCUAUAGCAUACAAACGCCGCUACGAUACUGAUUUGCUUGUAUUCAUUAUGUAUCUCGCAUUUUAUUUAAAUUUCGGUUUUUAUUGUUUUAAAUAAAACGACGCUGGUUUGGCUGAGUGGCUGUGUCUUCAUAGUGAAAUAAGCAGCUUAAAUCUUUAUUGAAUAAAUAUCUUAUGGAACACGACGUAGCCAGCCACUUCCCACCAGUAAUACUAAAACAUUCAGCAGCGGCUUUUAGCACAAAAGCCAUCACAACGUUACCUACACUGCUUUUGCAAUAAUUUUAGAUAACUCUCACCUUUAUCUAUGUUCCUAAGAGUACCACUUCACUUCGGUGGCGCUGCAAACAAUAUUCCAUUUUACUUUGCUCACCAACAUACAUCAACUAAACCAAUGCAGGCUUUUCUGAACAUUAACUCAAUCUGGUGCUAAACUAAUCCAUACUAAACUUAGGCUCUUGGAUUCAUUCAGAAAACUGUCGAGGCUAGAUCACUUUACUUUAGCGAAAUAAACCUAAAGACUUAGUCGAUAAGGCCCUUAUUCACUUGUACCCAAUGCCUAGUGAUGUAACGCAAGUUAUAGAUUAUACAAGUGUCGCAUUGACGUUAGUGUUGUACCCCAGCGGCGCCAGCCAGUGCAGUGGUAUCGACUUUUAUUUAAUUUAAUAUAACGUUGUUUAUAUUUUAGUUUCACUCAGAUUAUUUUUCUUUUGUUUUAUUUUUUUAUUUACAAAAAGUGGACACAUUAAUGAAAGAUGUUUAGUUUGAUUAACAAUAUAUUGUUGUAUAUAAGUACCCAAUCAGUGUUCUGGUUUUUUCUUUUGUUUAUCCAAAGAGAAAAAUGUGUUCAUCUAUGAAAAUAUUUUAAUUUGCGUUUUUAUGAGAUUGUAACAUAAUUAUUUAUUGGAUCCAGAAUUGCAUUUCCCACUCGAUGAUAUGAUUUUGUCUGCAGUUAACAUUGUGCAAGUAACCGAAGUAUGAUUUAGCUAUAGUACAUAUUAUUAUUGUAAUGAUACCUAUUAUGAUUAUGCUCAAAGUGACUUGUAAAGAAUCCAUAACAAAAUAUGAUCGAACGAUCGAGUGAUGUUUGCAUACUAUUCUACAAUAAAGAACGUCAAUAAAGUGUAUUUUAAAAAAGUA